AGACAAUGGUGGCCACCACCACCUUGGGUCAUCGCCAUUGUCAAAUGUUCCUUGGCCUAUUUCCUCGCUUCCUUAUUCACCUUCGUCCCUACCCUAGCUCGUAUUCUCUCCACAUCCUCCGAGACCGACGCACAUGGUCGUGUGACCCCAAGACCAUCCUACUCCGCUCAUAUGCUCGCUACAAUCGUCGUAUAUUUUAAUCCUGCAAAAACUCUGGGCAAUAUGACUCUCGCUCUUCGAUUCUGCUUGAUCCUAGCGGUCUUUGCUACCUCCGUGUCACUAAUGGCGAUGGGGACCAUAGCACUAUUUGACAACUUCUCCCCGUCGCACGGGAGUAAAUGGGAUUGGAUCAGUGAGAUGGGAGAUUGGAUCGUAUGUGUCUUGUGGAUCGGAGGAAGUAUGGGCGGUUUGGCAUGGUCAAAAGUAUGGGUGAACAAUCCGAGCUUCAAUUCUGGAUGCUCUAUGGCGGCUAUGAUUCUAUACACCGUGGUCAUCAAAGAAGGCGCUAUGCCAAAGCUUCUUGAAAUCCUGCUUAUCGUUUCGAUUGGAUCUUGUCUCACGGCCCUGGUCUGCGUUCUUGUCUUCCCCAUGUCCGCCACCACUCGUCUUCAAGAUUCUAUCUCCAACUCUGUAACCUCUUUCUCAACCCUAUUGGACCUCCUCACAUCGACAUUCCUUCUCGAGAAAUCGGUUCUCAGAGAGAAACGCACUUCCCUCAAAGAUGCCAUCCAAGCUCACGCAGCGACUUUCAAGGGUCUUCAGGCGAAUCUUGCCGAGGCGAGACACGAGCGUGUCUUCGAUACUCGUGUACGAGGUAGACGUCUGAGCCUGUACGAAGCUGCCAUAGGAUCACUUGGUCGUUUGGCACAACACUUAGCAGGUCUGAGAAGUAGUACCAGACUGCAGGAGAGUCUCAUCAGAGCUAGCAGAGAGGGAAAAUUGAAUCUGGAGUUAGUUGCUAGGAGGGGUCAAGCUGUGUCCAUGUCAAUGGUACAACCUACCACUUCACCCGGUCCGGGAGGUUGGGAUAGUGAUGUUGACAUUGCGGCCAGUGUCAGGUUGUUCAUGUCUUUCCGAAGAAUCGCCGGGGAGAGUAUGAACACACUAGUGGACCGCUGUGAUGAUGCCUUAGAGUGCGUCGAGGCAGUGGCACAUUCCUCCAAUUUGGGGGAGAUGGACUUGGACGCCACUCGAUCUUCACUCGCCACGUCACUGAAGGAGUUCAACAAAUCGUCUAGUCGAGCUAUCAAACGACUUUAUGCUGGCCCUCGACGGGAGAAGGGAAUAUAUGAAGAAGAUGGUGAUAGCGAUUCAGAUGAUACGGAAAUAAUCGACUUGGCAGAAACGGCUCAUGGGCCUAACGAAACGGUUUUCUUUGUUUACUUUUUCCUAUUCACCCUUGAAGAGUUCUCGAGGGAGUUGUUGUUUCUCUUAGACACCAUGAACGAGAUCCUCUUCGCCGAGCAAGUGUCCACACUAGAUCAUGUCCGCUCUCUAUUCAAACGAAGGGGGAGCGAUCAAAGUAGGCCCCAAUAUCUGUAUAAGCAGCUUCAACAACUAGUCCCUAUUGACCCUAGCAAGACGCAACCUCCCUUAUUUCCCAAAAACCGCCCUGACACUCAAGGUGCUCUACGUCCUUUACCCAGCAGGUCCCUGAACUUGCUUGGUAAGGUCAAAAAGGCUUUUUGGGGCUUGGGAGAUAGAUUAGCUCAGCCGGAUAUGAAAUAUGCUAUCAAGGUUGCUCUUGCAGGUGCUAUAUUGGCCGCUCCCGCAUACACCGAAAUUGGUCGUCCUAUAUUCUUGAGGUACAGGGGUGAAUGGGCUCUGAUCGCCUUUUUCGCUACUAUGAGUCCUACCGUGGGCCAGACGAAUUUUCUAUCUUUCUUUCGUGUGAUUGGCACAAUACUCGGAGCCUCCGUCGCGAUCUUAUUUUACUCUCUUUUUCCUGGGAACGCUAUUGUCUUGCCUAUCUUGGGAUUCUUGUUCUCGCUUCCUUGCUUUUACGUCAUCACGCAAAUGCCUGAUUAUGCCGCUGCAGGUCGAUUUAUUUUGCUCACAUAUAACUUAUCUUGCCUUUACGUAUACAAUUCCCGUCAAAGAGAAGACGAAUUUUCAGUCACGGUCACUUCGAUAGCUUUUCAUCGAUCGACGAGCGUCAUAAUAGGUGUAGUAUGGGCAGCUAUAGUUUCUAGGUAUUGGUGGCCCUUCACUGCUCGGCGAGAAUUGCGUAUGGGAGUCAGCGAUUUCUGCCUAGACUUAUCAUAUCUGUAUUCGAAAUUAGUUGCCACAUACAGUCGAGGUGUGGAUAUUCAUGACUUUCCGCCCCCAUCAAAUUAUACAAGUGAAGAGUCUGAACCACUCUUACCGGUGGGAUCACCCCGGUCGCCACAUUUGAAUCCUGGCGUGAGACAUUUUAUGGCUAUGGAACUUCACCUACAGAGUCAACUGGUCGACUUGAGAAAACUGCUGAACGACACCAAAACCGAACCGAGAUUGAAAGGACCGUUUGCAUUCGAUUUUUAUCGCGAGGUGUUGUUGAGUUGCGAGAGGAUGUUGGAUAGGUUACACAGUAUGAGAUGUGUGACUACGAGGGAUGAAUGGGACAAUGGUAUUCGGGCCGCAUUCGUCGCUCCUGUCAAUCGUCAACGUCGAGAGAUGGCAGGUAGUGUGAUACUCUACUUUUACGUCCUGUCCGCCGGUUUCCGUCUUAGAACGCCUAUGCCACCAUACCUACCUCCGGCUGAAAAGGCUCGUCAAGCUUUGGUAGGUGCUAUACGUCAAUUGGACGUUGUGAAAAGACGUUCUGUCCGUGGAGGAGGAAGACAUUUAUUGUUUUUUGCUUAUGCUUUGGCCAUGCAAGAAGUCAUUGCUGAGCUUGACUAUCUGGGUAGUCUCAUGCAAGAUGCAUUUGGAGUAAUCAACCAACCUUCAGUGGAUGAUUUUGAAUCUUUGUUUGAGACCGCGCCAUCUCCCUAG